AUGUCGUCGGCAUCUACAGCAACUGCGGCUCAGCAAGCCCCUGGUGGUCCAUUGGAGCCAUAUGCUAGUCGACCGCUGAGCAUCUCAACCGACAGUAUUAGGGUGCUCACAAUUGAGCCCGAUUUAAGCGCCGAAGGACACCUGGUUUGCAGUCUUCAGGUCCUCACUUUUUCUCAACCGCAGAAAUACGAGGCGUUGUCUUACCGCUGGGGCGAUGAAUCCGUUCAAAAACCCAUCAUUGUGGACGGUGUCCAGGUUACCGUGACGGAGAACCUCCAUGCGGCACUUCAAUACUUGCAUGGAAAAUCGCGUGGCUUACCCAUCUGGGUUGACGCCAUCUCAAUCAACCAGAAGGACAUUCCAGAAAAGAGUCGCCAGCUGCGCAUCAUGCCGCAUAUUUAUUCCCGCGCUGCAUCUGUGGUGGUUUGGCUCGGUCCUCAGUAUAUUACAACUGAUACGGACGUCGAAGAGAAUUUACAGAAAACGAUACAAGACGUAGCAGGCGAUGAGUAUUGGAAGCGAGUGUGGAUUCUUCAGGAGAUUGGAAAAGCUCGCAAGAUUCGGGUCUGUAUUGGUAGCGGAGACGCCUUGGAAUGGGAUCGCUUUGUAAAGCACGUCGAAAAGCAUUCAGACGGGGAUGAAAGCGGCGUUGGACCACUUAGCUUACAGGCCAUGCGACGAAACAAGUACAGCGGCAGCUGCUCCUUGAAGAAGCUAUUAGAGAACCAUGUUGACGCCCUGUGCAAGGAUCCCAGGGACAAGAUUUAUGGGCUAGUCGGUCUUGCUGUUGAUGGACGCGACUUUCCCAUUGACUAUAACAAGUCCCUCCGCGAAGUUUGGGCAGACACUGUCCAUUUCAUGAGCCGCAAGGAGCUUUUGCCGUCCAAAAACUCUGAAAAGGCUGCCUUUUGCAAGCUCCUCCGAGACUUACUGGGAGGGGACAAGAUGGAAGCUGUAGGCGGAGUCGUCCAAUUCCAUCAUAAACCGGGCAAUCAGUCCCUAUAUGAUCAUAUGAGAACGGAAGGGCGAGAUGAGUGGGCAUCAUCGUCUGUCGAGCUAGUGACCACAUGUCUUGGUAGAAUCAUCGCCAUGGGGCCUUCAAUUUCGGAAAUGCGCGGAUCAUUAGACCUCACGGAUAAAUGGGAGGCAGAGUUGCAGCGAGUAUACCAAAACGAAUAUGAGGACUUUCUGGACGCUGCGCACCAGGAGCACGACGUUCUGAUGCAGCACCUUCUUGACGAUGAGGAUGGAAAGCUCCCGAAGUUAACGCAGACCGAGAACUACCGAAUAGACUUCAUCACUACCGACAGCAUGCAUUCUCUGUAUUCGUUUUCCAAGUACGACCCUGACGAGAGUGACGAUGACGAGCGCAUGUCGCCCGAGUUUGAAGGAUCCUGGAACUACCACUCGACUGCCUCCGACGAGCCUCGCCUUGCUCUUGUCAAGGAAUCUAGUCCGGAGGCGAUACCGUAUAAAAUUGCGGUUGUUCCACCUACGGCACGACUAGCAGACUUUAUAUGUCGAGUGCAGGGCGUUCCUAUGAAACGUAUCGUUAUUCGCCACGAUCAUGGUAGUUGGACUACACAGCAUGUAUGUGGGACGGCGGUCAUGAUUAAGGAUUUGAUGGGCCAAACGGCGGCCCCGGGUGUGAAAAAGGGUGAGAUCAAGCGGAUUGAGGGUAUAUAUACGCAGGUGAUUAGGGUGGAGGCAAGGACUUUGUAUGCUAUGCUUUUUGGGGAUGAUGAUGGUAUGGAGGAACUGAAGGAUAAAUUGGGUGCGUUGGCUGUUUAG